AUGGAGAGGAUGCUGCGAAGUCGGGAUCACAUUCUGUUCGGACACGCUUCUCUAUUCAGGUUGUCGAGCGAGGAGGAGGGCGACGUCUCGCGUAGAAGCACGGAUGUCGACUUCAGCGACGUGUUCGGAGGCCCCCCGAGGACCUCGUCCGGAUUCGAGGGGCGCCAUGGCUUCAGCGAAUCCAUCGACGGGUACCUGUCCCGGGUGAGAGGUGACGGAGUAGAAGGCGGGGAGGAAGUCGCGGUGCCUCGCCGGCCAAGGUCUACCUCUCACGUCGAGAAUCCCGCCUCCGGGGGAACUGGUAGUCCAGGUCACCGUAAACAUUUGACGAAUGAAUUUUUCGGCGACGUUUUCAAAGGCAACGAAUCGAUGAGCUCCUCCCCGAGGACGGACGGGCCUUCCGCCUCUUCGGCCUCGAGUGCGGCGGCGCUCAGUCCCUCCCAUCCUCCGCCGCCCACAAUCGACGGCCUCAGUGGAGGCUCAUCUCUUGCCGCGGAAACCAGGUUUCCAUUGUCGUCCAUUCUUCUGCAUUGGUUUAUGUCACGUCCCUGUGAAUUUGGUAGAAGGUGGUCCUCCGGCUUUGCCUCGAUAUGGGGAAUCAAUAGUUUCUGUUGUUUCAUCAUCAUAGAAUCUCGAAGAAUGUGAUCAUACCAUAUUGACUCACCGCGACAGUGAAUUGGAGUCCAUUUUGCGCUCAUUUCAUAGUCAACUCCAUAGAACAAAUCCGCUGCAAGGAAGUUUACACGGCCAUGUCUACAGCAAUUAUUUUACCCCUGGGUUCCUAUAUAGGCGAUGAAUGUGUUUCUCAGUACCUUAUUUUGAUAUUUUUCACGAAUUCGAAGGCGCUUUGAGAAAUUGCAGUUAGCUAAUUGUUUCAUUGACACUGAUGUGAAUACUUUUUUCGUGUGUAUGUUUUCAACUUUCCCAAAAGCUCGGUCCAAGGCUCAGAUCAUGCAGGAUUUAUCUCUCCUAAUAAAGACAUUGGAGAUAAGACCGAGAAAAGUGUUCAGGAUUUAUCUAGCCUUCAUGCGCCUGCUAAUGCCCGUCGAUCAGCGAGAACAAAGAACUACCCAAGAAGUGUCAACCGCCCUUCCAUCUACAAGAUUCCUCCACACCUCCAGCGCCUCAAUAGUCCACAAACGCCAUUGGAAGCCAUUAAACUUGAUAGAAGUGGGGCUAAUGAGACCGAACAGGGAUACAAAGAAGACUCUGGCCGAUCAUCAUACAGUGGUGGAGGCCAUUUCCACUUCUCCAUAUACAAAUGGGCAAGCACAGAAAUAGCGCUAGUUAUGCCGCACAAUUUGAAAAACAGGAACAAAAGUGCAAGCAGAGUAUGUGGAGGAUCUGCCAAGAAUCUGCAGGGAGCAACUCCUCUCGUUGACAGUCAAACUGCGUCACAAGAAGGCAGGACCUCCCACACUCUAAGCAAAGAAUCUGUGAGCCAAUUUAAUGGUCUUUCUGCAGCCGGAGAUUUAGAUAUGAGAUUGAAGAAGGAUGCAAAGAAAGUUCUUCCCGCAUCAUCUGCUGCAAAAUCUGACAUAAAUGAUGUCCACGAUAAAUCAGGUAAAUCUCCAUCAGCUGCUACUUGUGCCCAUUUCUCUUAUUCACCCCCGAUUUUUGUUGUGCGAUGAACAACUUUCUGGGUCAUGGGAACGCAGAAACAAAACCGAACCCUCCCAUAUCCGCUUUAGAUGAGAUAGCAACCCAUGGCAAGUAUGGCGGAAGCAAAUUUUCUGUGGAAUCGUUGAAUCCUGUCUUACAAGAUCUUCAUCACCAAGUCAAGGAUAAGGAAGGUAAAACAUAUUUCCAAGAUAGACAAUAAGAAUCCAAAUCGUCGUCAUUUCUAUUAUAUCUUCGACUACUAUUCUGAUCUCAUUUCUAAUAGGAGUUGAAGAGACAGGAACUCAGGCAAGAAAGAGAAAAAGCUUCAUUUACAACUACACAGGAAAGCUGAAAGAUACUCUGAAUAUCGGGCAUACAACCAAAGAAAAUACAAUGUCAUAUCAUGCUGAAAAGGGUGGACAAACAAAGCAUUUAGCUCAUGUGACUCUGGAAGGCCAAGGAUCCGGGCUAGCCAAUAACGUCAAAGAUUUCAUCAAAAUUUUCAAUAACGAGGCUAGCCAAAGACCAACUGCAAAGUUUGAAAGCCAAACUCAAAAGUUGAGGACUAGAAAUGAAGACAAGGGGCGACUGAAGGACCAUACAGGUGGUAAUGUCGCCAAUACAGUUGAAGUGGAAGAGAAAGUGGUUGAUGAAAGAUGGUCAACUCCUAUGGCGGUAUGUCCCUGAGAAAAAAUCGUUUAAGCCUUUUCUUUCUUUUCGAAGAACAAAAUACAAGGCCAUUAGAACGUGCUCUCUAUUAGAAAAUGGACCAUAAAAAAUGUAUUUGUCUUUUAUUUUACAACAGAAAUUCUUUCUCAUGCUAAUUGUCCUGCUUAUCCUGAGUACGUAGGUGCAUCAACGUCCAGGGAAGACAGUGAAACCAGUCUCUGAUAACAUUGCGACUUUUCAAACGAAAGAUGAUUCUACUUCCGAAGUAGAUCCCUCCCCGGUAUUGUUAUCUGGUUAGUCCAUUUAAAUCUAUGCUUUCGGAAUCUUCUCUUUCAGUUAUUUCAACUUUGAGGAGGGGAUCACGGUGCAAAAUCCACUUUUCUUUUUCAUUCUUGAUACCCCUCGUAAAGAAGGAUAGCUUAAAAGAAUUUGAAUUUUUUUUCUGUGAGGUUUAUUUAGAGAACAUUUGCGUCUUUGAACUGUAUCUUUGUUAAUGGUGCCUUUUUUCUAUUCAGCUUCUAGGGCAUCUCUUAUUGUCAUUUCCUGACGUGAGCAGGGAGGUGUGUCCCUGUUGCAAAGAUGGAGAAGGGUGAAAAGGGUCAUUUGAGGAUUUUCUUGGAGAAACCUGAAAUUUUGUGACAAUGAGGUCAAUGAUCAGAUCGGGUUAAAUCUUUAAAGCAUCUGAACUGAAAGGUUUCCAUACAAUUGGAAAUCUCAAACUUAAGUAAUAAAACUGAUUAGAGUUUUGAUACUUUCAGUGGCUGCUAAUGAAAAAACCCGUAUGGAAUUCAUUGUGAUAUCGAAAAACUAGUCCUUGUCAAAUUCAAGGUAAAUGUUUCUGGAGGUUUUUGGUGAGCAUUGUAGUAGGUAUAUCCGCAGAUCGUACUUUCCCUAGUUACAAAGAAAUUUUUGUUAGCUUCCCAUUGGUUUUGUGUGCUUCCGGUCCUGACUCCUAUUAUCAGACCAGGGAAACCGAUUCCAGCACCGUAUUUCCCCUGCCUUGCUUUCUGGUUUUUUGUGCCUGACCUUUAUCUUGUUCUUCGUGGACCAAGAUAGCUGGCAUCUGUGUUUUUCUUUUUUGCGUUCUUAUGCUUGUGUGAUUAUUAUAUUACAUAUCCUCGACAUAAAAUUUCACUCAGUUAACAUUAGUAGAUGAGAAUUAGUCUGCACACUUAGAUUUAUAAUCAUACAUUGUGUUUCCUGUCAAAUAGAAUAAUCUAUUAGGAUGACCAUCGGUCUCCAUCAAUUUUGACUUGACAUGAGAAGAAUUGAUAUUCUUCCAAAAGAAUGAUUUGACACAUAUGGUAGAUUAAUGUAUUUGCAAAUUGAGUAUCCUUACUUAUCGUGCAUUACAAUUGUUAUAAAAUUUUAGGACAUGUAAUACAAAAUGAGUUGAUCACGAGUUUAUUUAGUUAAUCUCUGUAACUACAAAUCUUUAUUUAUUCCUUUCGGUGUGAGACUAUUCUAAAAGUCAUAUUCACAAGUUGAAUUUUAGACUUGGUCAAAUGGACUGUGGAAUUAGACUGUAUUUGUCUUUGAAGCAGACAUUUUAUCGCAAAUUAAAUUAUUAGUCCAUCUAAUUCAAAAUAAGAUCAUUAACGAGGGGAUAGAUGCUUGCAUAUAGGCAAAGAAGUAUAUUAUCUCUUUCCAUUUCAUGUGUAUUAUAACAAUGAGGCAUACUUUGUUUCUCAGGCUGUAGAAAAACAAAUCAAGUAUCCAUAUUGAGUUCACUCAUGAUAAAAUAUAACGGUCUAAUAUUUGCCACCUGUGGAGUUAAUGACUGGCCCUUUUUCUUCAUCAUAUGUACUCGUACAUGUUUUAAUCCCUCCUUUUUCUCUUUGUUUGUCUUCAGAUGCUCUUGAUGUAUCGUUUUGCAAUAUUGACGAGGAAUAUCUUGAGAAUAUCGAUGGAUGCCUGGUAUCUAAUAUUCUCUUCAUUAUUCUGGGCUUUCCUAUUUCUAGAUCCCCUGGAAAUGGCUAUCCUAUUUUGACCCAGUCAACUUUAUACUCUGCGGUGUUUCGUGUCCAAAAAUAUUUGAAAAUUUUUAUCACCAUAAAAAGCGAAGGAGCGUAAUUUAUGAGCGUAAUUUUAAAAUAUUUUCAAAAAUAUUUGAAAUUUUUUAUUACCAUAAAAUAUUUAUGAUUCUCUUGUAUGCUUAAUGCUGAUUCAGAGAGCAUAUUUACUGUCGGCAAUAACAAAUAUAUUCAAGCCAGUGAUUUAUUUCUGAUGGUUUUCAGGUCGAGGAGUUAUCUCAAAACCAGAAUAAAGUAUCAGAGGCCGAUGUAUAUCGAGAAAAAAUUCAAGUAAAUAUGAUCAAUAUUGAAUAAUUCCAGGGGAAAAAUACUAAAUAAUAUUGCAUAAAUUUCGCACCCUUGAAAUGGUUGAAAACUGACCCACUUGUGUGCUUCAGGCAUCAGAUGCUAAGAUACGAGAGUGGUCCAAAGGGAAGGAAGGGAACAUCAGAUCGUUGCUCUCAACAUUACAAUAUGUGAGUUAUCUGUGUGAUCAGAAAAUAUAAAAAAAUAAUAUUUUGACACGAAAUCAGUAUUUAUUUUUCCCAACGUUAGGCAUGUCAAAUAUACAUAAAUGUACCCACAUGCAUAUACAGAGAGAGAGAGAGAGAGAGAGAGAGAGAGAUAAGCAGCAGUCGGGCCAUGCUCUGAGCUGGACUCCUGUGAAUGACGCAUGGGAGAGGCGGAUUGCCAGGUGGGAAGUCAUUGGAUUGCCAUGUCGUAUGGAAGAUACUCUCUCCUAGUUUCCGGGCCAGACAUUUUCGAAGCCUAGACCCAGCUCAGAAAAAAAAUGGGCCGAACUUAGACCAAGCCGGCCAAUUCAUAUGUGUGUGUGUAUAUAUAUAUCGCAUAUUACCAUUUAAAAUUCUUGUUGGUGAUUAUUUAUAUUAUUUCCGUAGGUUCUUUGGCCUGGAAGUGGAUGGAAGACAGUCCCACUCGUUGAUAUUAUUGAAGCGGCAGCUGUAAGGAGAGCAUAUCAGAAGGCUCUGUUGUGUCUGCACCCUGAUAAGCUUCAGCAGAAGGGCACCGAGAUGCACCAUAAAUAUGUGGCGGAGAAGGUCUUCGAUAUUUUGCAGGUAUUUUGAGCUUCACUUUGAUAAGCUUAUAUGAUCCUCCAAGUUUUGAUAUGCUUUUAUUAAGUGCCCGGAGCUCAUUUUAUGGGACUUUUAUCAGAGGCAGAAUAAGUCAGGGCCUUGUAGAAGACCAAUGGCCUUAGGCUGGGCUGGGUCUGAAAUGGUCCUGGCUCGGCCCGGCCCGGCCCGUUGGCACCUCUGCACGUUGGAUUUUUUUAGCAAUACGCCUCUCUGAAUCUUUGCGGGAUUUUACACUGAAGGCCUUGCAAAGCUCGCUAAUAAUUUUGGUUUUAAUUUAUUCAUUAAUAAAAAUAAUACUUGGGUUGAAAAUACUGCGGAUUAUUUUCUUCGUAAGUAGUGGUGUCAACAGGCUGAGCCCGGGGCUUGCCAGGCCAAUCCAAGUUCAGGCAUCUUUUCAAGACCCCGGCCUAGAGAAAAAGCCCCAUAAAAGUACAGGACAGCGAGAGAGAGAGAGAGAGAGAGAGAGAGAGAGAGAGAACAGGCUUUGGACUCUGACUCGACCGAUUUUGGGCUUACCCAGCUUGUUGAAUCUCCAAUUUUGCAUUAUAUUUACAUAAUUUAUUGAGCAGACGGGUUUAUUUUUCCUUUGAGAAAGGCCUGUCCUUGAGGUUGUUCUCUCUUACUGCAGGAUGCCUGGACCCACUUCACCUCACUGAGUUCACUUUGACAACUUCUCUCUCUUAAUCCAAGUAUGUGUCAAUGGUGGCAGUUCCCAUCGGGUCCCUGGCCACUGAGCCUGGGGGGGGGGGCACUUGCCACUGCCGCUCCCAAUCUCUGGGCCUUGCUUGA